CCUCGAAUGAAGUAGUUGGUUUAGAAAAAUAGAAACUUAUCCCCAAUAAGUACUUUGUGAGCUUCAGUAGCUCAGGUCCAAAACUCUCGAUCUCCUAAGGCUCCUGUGGAGUAAGGGUCAGUUUCUCAAAGUCUCUCGUGAGCGAAGCACCGUGAAUUUGUGUUGUAGUUCUUGUUUCAUCAGUGUUUCGUGGACUUUACUAUUAGGUAUUCUUAAAUUGAAGAAAUGAAUAAUUCGUAUGGCUCCUUGAGGAUGGACAACAUCCGAGUCUUGGAUUUUACUACUUCGGGAGUCGAGUCUGAGUAUGAAAAGACGGAACAUCCGGUGCUUGACCUUUCCUGCAAAAAGAAUUCGAUAACAACGAAUUUUCCUCGAGUUCAUCAUGAAACUUUGUCAAAUUCGUCCAAUUGCUGUAACUCUAAUUACAACUCUUCCAAUGAAGAACAAUCUCAAGCGACAAACCUAUCUCCCAGUUCUGACAGAAAAGGCAGUCCCUUUGAAGUACGAACUUUCAUGGUGACUCCACCUUCAGAACCAGAAUCUCCAAAGAGACCUAAGUACGACCCAGUUUACACUCCAAUCAACGUACCUUCUUUGGAUCAUUUGGGGCAUAGAACAUAUCCACCACUGCCAAUGAAUCUUCCACAUCCGGUUGUACCAUCAGGGCUCCCAUCUUUGAUAGUUCAACAUAAUAAUAACAAUAUUAAUGCUGGAACUCAGAUCCAAAUGCCAAAUGCCACAUCGACGACUCAGGAUCUUCCUCCAACAUCGACCUACUCUGAUUGCAAUAAAAAUGCACCUAGACCUUUUAAGGCUUAUCCCAAAGACCCACUGUCUUUGAGCGUAGUUCCAGAAUUGAUUUACGAUCAGAAUUCUAAUGAGGCCUAUUCGGAAUUUAGAAGGAAGAUGCUGGAUUCGGUGAGGAGGACAUCUGAGGGAACGAAUAUUAAAAUGCGAAGGAUAUCCAAAAGCCCUGGCUUGCCAACCAGCACUUUCGAUGAAAAAGAUUCAGCUUACUGGGAAAGAAGAAGAAAAAAUAACGAAGCUGCCAAACGUUCCCGAGAUGCAAGGAGAGCAAAAGAGGACGAAAUUGCCAUAAGAGCUGCCUUUCUCGAACAAGAAAAUAUGAAGCUCAAGUAUGAGCUUGUUGCACUCAGAAAUGAGACGGCCAAGCUCAGAUGUAUGAUAUAUUCGAAUUAGACCACAUUUUUCACCGUCCUUAUGAAAAUUACUCUAUAUAGUCGAUUAUAAAAAAAAGGUUCUAAAGUAUUUUUUCAUACUGUUUGAGAUAAUAAUUAGUGUUGAGAAUUUAGCUCGUAGAGACAAAGAAACGAACUAGCCAAUUUGUGAAUUGAAGUGCUAAUUCCGUAAAGUGAGGAUUUUUUGUAAAUAUUUUUAUAAAUAAUUGUGUGACAGUGAACAUUUUUAAUUUGUACAUUUGGUUUGUAAUAUGAUUUGAAAAUGUGUAAGAUUUGGGUAAAAUUUAAUAAUCCGAAUCCGAAAACAGCAAGCAAGUGAGAUAAAAAAGAUACCUGAAUCCGCUAUCAGUUCAAGCUUAUCUAAAAAAAAAAUCGACUAUUUCAUGUAAUAUGAAAUCAAGUUCGUGUAAGUCCGUAUAAAGAAUUAGGUUUAAGUUAUACUACAUAUGGAAUCAAGUCGAUUUUCAUUGAUUUUGGCAAUUUUAAAUUUUUGUGACAAAAUGAACAAAAAUAGGCUGUUCUGCAACUAAGAAAAUCAUAUGGAAUUCUCUACAAUUUUUAGAAUUGUAGG